AUGACUUCAACCUUGUCUACUACAAGGCACACUUUGUCCACCACAAAACCCACUUUGAUAUCAGCAAUACCAAACUCGUCAAUCAAUCUAAACUUGUCCACUAUAAGGCACACUUUGUCCGCUACAAAGCCUACCUCGAUCUUAACAACGCCAACUCCGUUCACGACAACGCCUACCUCGUCAACGCCAACAUCGUCCCUGACCACGCCUAUCUCGUACACUACUCCAAUUUUGUCAACAACUACACCCUCAACAACAGCCUCUCCAAGUAACAGCUCUUCCUGUUACCUUUGCAAUGGGAUGCCGAUAUAUAUAUGUGAACAGUUUUCUACACCAUUACAAUGUGAACAUGAUGACCAACAGUUUUGUUUAAAUAUAUUGGUAAACAAUAGAGAUGGCUCCAGAACACUGGAUAGAAGAUGUGUCAAUGAACAAGAAUGCCAACAGGAAUGGUGGGAGAAAACUUCCGACAGACCGGAAUGCUCUGGAUAUGAUCCAGCCAGUUACACUCCAAAAUAUUUCACGUGCUCUUAUUGCUGUACUACCCCUCUGUGUAACAAAAACAUUGUCCCAAAGGACUUAUAUGUUCCAACUAAAAAAUAA